GUGUCGAAAUCAUCCUCCCUUCGCUACAUAUUCAAUUUGAGACACCUCAAGCCGCCCGUAGCGCCCUGAGAAUCUCCAAUUUUUUUUCAAAAUGAAGACCUCUGUUCUCAACGAUGCGCUUAACGCCAUCAACAACGCCGAGAAGACCGGAAAGCGCCAGGUCCUGAUCCGACCGAGCUCCAAAGUCAUCGUCAAAUUCCUUGGUGUCAUGCAAAAGCACGGCUACAUUGGCGAAUUCGAGGAGGUCGAUGACCACCGCAACGGAAAGAUUGUGAUUCAGCUCAACGGCCGCCUCAACAAGACUGGUGUCAUCAGCCCUCGUUACAACGUCCAGCUCCGCGACCUCGAGAAGUGGGUCGUCAAGCUCCUUCCCGCUCGUCAAUUCGGUCACAUCGUCCUCACCACCUCCGCUGGUAUUAUGGACCACGAGGAGGCCCGAAGAAAGCACGUCGCUGGCAAGGUCAUUGGUUUCUUUUAUUGAUUGCGCUCAGAUGCUACGAGUUCCAUGGUUGCACGAGGAUUAUAACAAGGGCAUAGCGCGGCGCUGUAGCUGUUUGCAAUAAAAUUAUUGAACACCAAAACUCGACUGCGCCUGUGGUUGAUGAUGACUAUGAAACGAUAAAAUGGCACCGCGCUCUCACUGGUUGCCUGACCUGUGUCCAUCCUUUCUUCCCUGCGAUCAAAAUCGCCGAACGUGCGAAGCACUUUCAGACCAGU